AACCUAUGUUUCGCCCUCAGAAAUACUAUGUCGAGUCUGAAAAAUUUGUUGAACCCCGAAGAUGACUCUACAACCAUGUAUCACUCAACAACCGGACAACCUAUUUCCACAAGCUCCUCCUCUCCCACCUCGGACGGCAGCGCCAACGCAACAGUAGAAUGUCCUCAAUACGAUCCACCAUACAAAGAACAUGCUCCUCAUCCAAAUUGUCCUGACACUCUAGCCUGUCUUCCAGAUACGGACGGGCGGCCACAGCAUACUCUUCCAGUAAUCUUGCGAUGUGCAAUCCUUGGCAGUGCACGGAGACGUCUCACUAUUCGCGAGAUAUAUGCUGCAAUGGAGGAAAAAUAUUUGUAUUUCAGGACAGCGGGGCCGACAUGGAAGCAAUCUGUUCGCCAUCACCUGUCUUUGAAUAGAUUAUUUGAAAAACAGCCUCGUCCCGUCACAGACCCUGGCUUCGGUUCUUACUGGACAGUAAAUCUUUCUGCUCCUCCAGGCACCAAGCGACCACGGAAGCGGGGAAGACCUACAAAGGCUGCCGAGGAGCCAUCUAACUCCACUCAGCAGAAGAAACGGGGACGACCUCGAAAAUCUAUUGAUCCGUUAUCUCCCCUGAACUCACUGGCUGUGGGCUCGGGACGUUCGAUCCCGCCGUGCAAUAUUUCCGCCAUACGCACCGGGGGAAACGACCACGAUGGUGGAAAUGGCGAGGACGAUAUGGAUCUAGGUGCAGACGUACAUGAGAUGAGUGAGGAUGAAUACGAGAGCGAGGAAGAUAUGGUUGUUCCCCCUCAUCAGUCACCAUUUGCCGGACUUGGCGCUUUUGGACUAAAUGAGGCCCCUUCUCGUUUACUGAGCCCCUCAACAUCCCGUGCACUGAUUACCCAUUCUGAUGAAAAUCUCGUGGACCGAUUGCAGAUCGAAAUGGCGGGAUUGCGGAGGCAGUCUGCGGAUGCGAUAUCUGUUUCGGUAAAGAUAUCAGAUCAGCUGGCGGAAGCUCAGGCUGAGACAGCUAGAGCGAGGACUGCUCUCAGAACAGCCGAGGCAAUGCUGGAGGAGGAGGUCAUAAAGAGGAGGGAAGCUGAAUAUUUAGCAGAUCAGGAAGCUAAGUUGAGGCGAGUAGCAGAGGACACGAUUACACGCAUGCAACGUCAGUGGCAGGCUGACCACCGAGCUACAUAAAUAGCACAUUUUAGACCGAAGUUAGCGCAACUUGAAACCAAACGAGUCCUCGUCUGCUAUCCUUCCUGGAGAUUCCUAUCCGACAACUAGUUUUCAGCUACUCACUGGGACUCAUCAAUGGACUCGACGUAUUCUACGAAUCUUCUUUACUUUCUCAAUUCAUUGGUGUACAAGGGUACUCUAGAGUGUCUGAACAUGUAUAUUGCGGCGGAAUGGACGAGUAGUUUUGGAAAAGGAAAUUAGAGGAUACAAAACCAAAUAGACUCGUGAAUUUUG